CAUUUAGUAGACUCACUCCUUCAGUCACUCUCCUCUUGCCACUGACUUUCACCAGUGCAAUAAUUGCUGCCUGGCAGGACUCUUCCUCGCUUUCAGGAUGACCCGCGCAUGCGCCCUCCUCCUCCUCCUCUCCCCCCUGCUGCUGUCCCUGGUCGACCCCGUGCGCGCCGCCGCGUCCCCGCCGCGCAGAGCGGCGCGCGCACCUCAGUCGCCGGCCUUGAAGGUGCGACUGGCGGGAAACCUCCCGCGCGAGGCGAGCGAAGGGCGCGUGGAGGUGCUGCACAACAACACGUGGGGGACCGUGUGCGACGACGAGGUGGACCUGAAGCUGGCCGACGUCGUGUGCAAGGAGCUCGGCUACCGAAGCGGCGUGACUUGGGCUCACAGCGCCAAGUACGGACAAGGAGCGGGCCCAAUAUGGAUGGAUAAUGUGCACUGUGAUGGCUCAGAGAAGUCCCUGAAGGACUGCAAACACAAUGGAUGGGGGGUGAGUGACUGCAAGCACUCAGAAGACUUGGGGGUCGUGUGCACCCCUGAACGUAGGCAGGAUCUGGCAGCCAGCAGAGGCUACACAACUGCUGGUAGGCCUUUUGGCACCACUGCAGCUCAGUGGGGGGGACAUGUGGUGACCCGGAGACAUCCAGGAUAUGGAUAUUAUGGAAAUGGACAUUCACCUGAUAUUCCCAGAUUCCAAAGACAUCACCCAAACUUCCAGGGUAACAGCAAGGUACGAAUUGAAGAGGUACGUCUCCGUCCCAUCCUCAUGGCUACCAAGAGGAAGAGUCUUAUCACAGAGGGUGUAGUGGAAGUGAAGCAUGCUGGGAGAUGGAGACAAGUUUGUGACAUGGGUUGGAGUCUCAACAGCAGCCGUGUUGUCUGCGGGAUGCUCGGCUUUCCCAACGCUUCAGAGCCCAACAUUAAAACAUACAAGAAAAUAUGGGAUACCAAGGUUGCAGAUCCGUCAACAAGAUUGAGUGUCAUGGCAAAGAAGAAGGGAUCCUGGGUAGAGAAAGUUCACUGUCUUGGCACCGAGAACAGCCUGUCAGAGUGCCACGCUCAGCUGUCCAUCGCCCGCAGUCCCAUGCCUUGUAAGAACGGCAGACAUGCAGUGGCCAAGUGUGUACCAGGGCCUCAGUUUGCUCGCAUCUCCUCAGGAAGGCCACAGGCUCCUUAUCCAGUUGUGCCCGUCCGUCUGAAGGCAGGCCCCAGGCUGGGCGAGGGUCGUGUCGAAGUGCUACGAAAUGGAAAAUGGGGGACCAUCGUGGAUCAUUUGUGGGACAUGACUGCCGCCAGUGUGGUGUGUAAAGAGCUGGGCUUUGGCACGGCCAAGGAUGCCCUGAAUGGAGCGUUCAUGGGUCAAGGUACAGGACCUAUCCAUAUGAACAGUGUUCAGUGUCGGGGGUCUGAGAAGUCCAUCCUGGACUGCUACUUCCAGGAAGUCCAACCGUGGACCUUCAAACACAGCCAAGAUGCCUCAGUCCGCUGCAACGUUCCCAAGACUGGCUCAGAGAAGACGGUGCGGCUUGCUGGUGGUAGAGUCCCAUCAGAGGGCCGUGUCGAGGUGUUGAUGGACGUUGGUGGUCGUAAACGUUGGGGAUCUGUUUGUAGUGAGAACUGGGGCAUCAACGAGGCCAUGGUGGUUUGCAGACAGCUCGGCCUGGGAUUUGCUGCCAGUGCUCAUCAGGAAACCUGGUUCUGGACUGGUGACUCAAAUGCAGGUGAAGUGAUUCUCAGUGGAACUCACUGUGUGGGAACAGAGCUGUCAAUUCAGCAGUGUCGUAGAAACAACCAUCUUCACUGUCCUCGCGGAGGGGGCACUAAGGCUGCUGGGGUCAGCUGUUCAGACACCGCCCCGGACCUUGUUUUAGAUGCCAAGCUGGUCCAGGAGACCGCCUACCUGGAAGAUCGUCCGCUCCACCUGCUGACCUGUGCCAAUGAGGAGAACUGUCUUUCAUCAUCUGCUGCCAGGAUGAACUGGCCGUACGGUCACCGACGGCUGUUGCGCUUCUCCUCCCGCAUCAUGAACAUGGGUCGCUCCGAUUUCAGACCAAAAGCGUCUAAAGAGAGCUGGACAUGGCACCAGUGCCACAGGCACUACCACAGCAUCGAGGUGUUCACGCAUUACGACCUGCUGACUCUGAAUGGCACAAGAGUUGCAGAGGGACACAAGGCCAGUUUCUGUCUCGAGGACACAUACUGCCCUGAUGGACUUCAGAAGCGAUUCUCCUGCUACAACAUGGGUGAUCAAGGCAUCUCUGUGGGCUGCUGGGACACCUAUCGCCAUGAUAUUGACUGUCAGUGGGUUGAUGUGACAGAUGUACGACCAGGAGACUACAUCUUCCAGGUGGAAGUCAAUCCUGCGAUGGACAUGGCUGAGUCUGACUUCAUGAACAAUGUCAUGAGAUGUCGGUGCAAAUACGACGGCCAGAGAGUUUACAUGUACAGUUGUCAUGCAGGUGAUGCUUACAGUGCAGAGACUGAAGAUCUAUUUGAGCACCAGAGGCAAAUCACCAACAACUUUGUGUAACUCAUCCCAGGAUCCUGUGCAACGCCCUGCAGUGGGACACUGAGACUAGUCAGGCUGGGUUGAAAUUGAUGGCCCCAGACCUUUGGGACCUUAAGACCCACCACAACAGAAAACAUGCAAGAAAAGAAAAAAAUAUCCCUGGCUGGUGUGGAUAAAAUAAUCACGAAGACCUCAUAUCACAGCAUCAGCCAUCGCAGAGACUCUAAUCUCAAGCGGCCGACGUAAGCAAGAGAGGAUCGGGUGGCGUUUUGUUCAACAUGUUUUCAAACACUCUUCUUAAAGAAAAAAACACCCUAGAUUUAGAUUUAGAUUUAAUUUCUCUUAAUGUGGAUAACUGUCGCUAAGACAACAGGUGCUAGUUGUGUUGCAAAAUCUGGGCCAGACCUGGGAGAUAUGAAAACCAGAGAAAGCUUAUGAGAUUUUGCAAAAAAAAGUAUCACGAAUAGAACUGUUGACAUUAUUUUCCAUUUUUUUCAAUUUAAAUCCAUAAUUAACCCAAUUAAAAUUAUUAUAAUGCCAUUUUAUUAAUUAAAUACUGGUGCUCUUGAAUUCACUGUUGCCCAUGAAGAUGGAAUAAAACACUUUGAACCUUUUCUACUGAAAUAAUCCUCAAUGAAAAGCAGAUUGAAAAGAGUGUUUCUGAAAACCAAACGAUUCCAACUUCACUGGCAACAGUCAAACACUGUAUAUGGUGACAUAAACUUCAGUGUCAGGUGAAUGGUGUUGUACAGGAUAUUUUUGCUAGUUUUAUUUUACAAUGGAUUUCUUCCUUUGGAUUCAUUUUAACAAAAUUAGAAUUUUAUAAAAGCCUAGUUGUGCUUUGCAUUUAGAAUAGAUAACAAGAGGUCAGUUUGUUUUUGUCAAAGAAAGCACUUUAUCUUUAAGCAUCAGUAUUUGAGUUUUGCCCCCAGUCCUUUUUAAUUUUGGCGCAAAAUGUACUAUUUUAUAUGGAAGCCUAACUGGGAUGGAAAAAAGUAUCCGAAAAUUUGAUUUUAUCCCAACAUUUUGACUUGGUAUCUAAAGAUUAUGACUAAUUAUGACUGAUAACUGAUGGCGGCACUGAUGAAGGAUUCAUGUUUCCAGCACAGAGUUAGAGAUUUGUGAAUCACCGAAAUCAUGUGCCUGGAAUUCCUCUUCGUUUUCCCUGGAAUUCCAUCCCACAAACAAAGCAAUGUUAGUUUCUGUUUCACCUUACUUUGUUUUUACAACAAAAUGAAAAAGUAGCUGUAAGUAGCCAUAAACCCUUUUUGUAAGUGGAAAAGUGCAUAAUGGGUUUCUGUGGUAGAACAUUUUAAUUAAUUAGUUUUUUUUUUGGUCAUUGUAAAGUUAAUAUUAACAACAUGAUUGCAAAAGCAGUGCAAUCCAUGAAAGAAAGCAGUCAUGACGAUGAAUUAUGUGUCAAACUCAUACCAAGUCAUAAUUUGGAGACGCAAUAUGACAUCCGGCAGCGUGGUGGUGUGGUGGCUCGUCGGACUGAUCGGUUAUUCUAGACCGAGUUAUGUCCCGUGAUUGACUGUGCAGAGCGUACCCCACUUCUUACCUGAUGACAGCCGGGGUGACCCCCCCACCCCGCAGGACCCUGAACAAGAUGCAGCAGCUGGAGAAAAUGGAUAAAUGGCAUCUCUUUGCUUCAACUUCAAGGACAAUUUUCCCAUCAGUGUUGAUAUGGCUUUUCCUAUUUUGGGGGGGUUUAUCUAAAAGGAAUUUGUUGUGUUUUAUUAUUUAGAAUAUGAAAUAUGGUAUUUGUGUUUCAUGUUCAAUGUGCUAUUUAUGCUGUACUUUAUAACUUUUUAUUUAUUCAUUGCAUCCACACUUACACAGCAUGCUCAGUAAGGAAAUUGUUAUCUAGCAUUUAAUUACAUUUACGUUUGUUUCGUUUCAUUUUUCUGACACUAGUGUAUUAUUACAGAGGGAGAUAAGUUAUUGCAGUAGUUAGAGGACAUAGUAAUAGAACAUUUCUAUCAUGCCGAUGAAUAAUUGUUUUUAAUGUUCCUAAUUAAAACAAUUGUUACUGUACAAUUGUUACUGAACUGCGUUCCUCUCGCAGCCUCUGAUGAGAGGGAAAACCGGUCUGACAAAACCACAGUAUUGUGGUAGACAGACAGGCUGGGUUUUGAGAGCGUAUAAAAAGCCUUUUAAUUACAUCUGUUUGGUUAAACUUAAGGUUACGGUUGAGAUUGAGGCCCAAGCAUGUGCUUUAUAAAGAAACGCCAAGGAAUUGUUAUUUAUGCAAUCACAGAAAAGGCAGAAAAUCUGGAAUUGAAUCUUUAUGCAAUUUGUAAGUGAGAUUAUGACUUUUGGAGAGAUUUGAGAGAUUGUGAUUGAAAGAAAAGAAUGAGAGAGGAAGGAAGUUUGGACAAGGGCUCAUGCGGAAGUACGCCUAUAAUACAAUAGCUGCCUUUAUGUGAGGAGCUAUGUGCAGACCAAAGGCUGGCAUUUGCAGCUCUCCAAUGAAAAUAACAGGUUUGUCUGGCAGAAAAAAUAUAUAAACUCUUCUAUUCACAUUUCAGCACAGUAAACAGUAACUUUAUUUUUUACUAAAGCUAGGCCUUGUACAACGUACUGUGCCUUUUUACUGAAUAAGUGAGCUUUAACACACUAGACUGAUACAAAUCAAUUUUCCUUUACAAAAUGGGACAUGAGUUAAUGAUGCUAAAUAUGUUUGGCUUCCUAUUUCAGUGCCUGAACCUGUAAAGGUGGUUUUCUUAGGGAAACUUUGUUGGACUUGUCACUGAGACUGCUAUACAAUUUGUCGUUUUUUUUGUUUUGUUUUUUUAAUUGCGCAAACAUUUCCAGACACAUUUUGCCUCAUCAAUAGAUACUAGAUAGACCAAAACAUGUUUUUUGAUGUCCUUUUGCUUCGUGCUUGUCCCAUAGUCUGUUCUGUGUUAUUUAAAAGAUGAUACCAUUUCAUUGCUUAGUUCAUACUGCAUAAUAUUACUGUAUUUGUACCCUUGCUAUGAGUUUGGCACUGGGAUAUCGUAUUCUUUGGCCAGUUUUGCUUGUGUCUUUAAAAAUGAGAGUGUGACAUAAAUGGCGUUAUUCUACAGUUUAUAUGUAACUGUGCUCUCAGGGACUUCAGGGACCUCAUCUGAAUAGUAAAAAAACAAUAAUUUCACCUGAUGUGAUUUACUUCUCUUUUUUUCUGUGAUGAAACAAUUUAACUGGAGCUGUCAGCACUCAUACGGUGACCCAUCUGUGCCCACGUGUUUAUUCUGUAGUUAGAAUUUAAGGUAUGAUAGAUACUUUGUUAUGUUUUUGCCCUGAGGAAACUGUUGAUACACACUGUCUGUGGCAGUCAAAUCACAAUCCAUUCAUACAUCAUUACUGUGAAUCAAUAAAACUUCAUCUAAUACUAAA